AUGUUUCGUCGUUACCACUCGAUAAACAGCGAGCUUGCCCGGCUUUUGUCCCGGAACCUCCCGGCAUCCGCUCAACCGAACCCGGCCCCAUCUGGCGCGGAAACUUUGACGGCGCUUGAGCAAUUCGACCACCAGCAACGUGCCCAGCUCGAGCAAUUCAAGCACCAUCAAGCCGUCGAGCGCCAACGGGAAAUCUCCCGGCAGAACCAGAUGUCUACCAGGCUGGCUGCGGAAUCUCCUUCCAAUCCGACCCCGUCGAGGCAGAGCCAGCCGGCGCCUGCGCAAGAUGUUCCGACUCACAUCACCGCACAACCAAAACCCCCGGCACCUUUACCUCCAAAGACUCAACCUAGUCCUCUACCGAUUCCACUCCCGGCUUCUCCAGCCGUAUCUACAGUGGCCCACAGCAAGAAUGUCACCUCACCAGUCUCUCCACAAGCUACAUCUCAAAGAACCGCUGGCAACUCUACUGUUCAAGCUGGAAACCUCGCCCCAUCGCCAGUAGCAUCUCAUCUAUCAACAGCACCACCAAGUGCAUCCCAGGCGUCCUCGAUUCCCCAGAAUGUUCAUCAAAACUCGUCAGCCUCACAGUCUCUCGCGCAGCCAUCUGGUGUUGAGAGUUCACAAAAUCAGCGACAUGGGAUGUCGACGGGCCAGAAGGUGCUCUUGGCAGGGGGGAUCGUAAGCGCGAUCUUUGUGCUUGGAUACUUUGUACGCUGGUUGCAAAAGCGGCGCCACCACCAGUUGAGCAGCCCUCGUAAGGUUGACAAGCUCCACAUCACAGGCCCGUUCAAAAAGUCGGAAGAAAACAUGUCGGAUACUGACAGCGAGCCGAUCUUCGGCGGGACCGGCCACGCCAGCAUCUCCUUCGACCGUCUCCAGGUGCUCAGCGAGAAGCCAGUUAACUUUCCUAGAGCCGACAUCUAUAAUCAGCCCAACCUCCCUUACCCUCCACCAAAGUCCCCCUCCGCUUCUGCAUCUUCACUCACUAUCGAGCCUCCUCAAUCCCAGCCCAAUCCUCUCCCCAACUUGAAAUUGAUCUCCCCUCUCGCGCAGUUUAAUGAUCAAACUCCCCUGGAUUAUCGCUGCAAGGGGCCAGAAAUGAAGGGAAAGAUUUUUCUUGUUGAAAGGACGUACCAAGCUGCAUUAGCUGAUGAGCUCGUCCUCCAUGUGGGAGAUAGAAUUGAGGUUGCAUUUUACUACGACGACGGCUGGUGCUUAGGCCAAAACUUGGACAUCGACCGUUACGAAGCGGGGCAACUGGCGAAAGGAGUAUUUCCGCGAGAUUGUGUGGGGGCGCAGCCGGUCGAAUUCCAGAAGGGACCGGAGGCAAGCUCAGCUACGAAUGAGCGGGCGAGCCACCGGACAUCGUACGAUGAAGCCGACGAACAGAGUCGCAAAGCCUUCCGGACAAUCAGUUCGAACCCCUCCUUGAGUCCGCUCAGCUCGAGCAUCUUCGAGAAGUUCCCCCUCCCUCCACGCUCGAACAACAGGCUCGAAGCCCAGCAGCGCGUCAGCAGCCUGUUCAUCGGCCGCAAUGCUCAGCUCUUCCUUGAGCUGGACGAUGCCCUAGGCGACCCCACGUCCUCCCCACACGUCCACUUCGACAAGACUGCCGCCCAUCCCAAAUAA